AUGGAGCCAGACAGCGCGCAGAUGAUCGAUCGGGCGGAGGAACAAUUGAUGACGAUGGAGGACGACGGGGGCAUUUGGGGUGCUGGAGAAGAACAGGGUGGUAGGGAUAGCAGGGAUAGUUGGGAUAGCAGUCUAAACGGGCCUGGAAAUCCAUCGCUGGAUGCGGCUAAGGCCACCGUAGAGCUAUGA